AUGGACAGCAAUACAGAGCGAACUUUGAAUUUACGAAACUUCCUGGCCGAUUAUCAAAAAAAACUAUCAGGCACUACGGACAACGUUCCUUUCUUUCUACAAACGAACCCCGUGCUUGUGGACGUGGGUGAGAGCUGUUCCCUUGACCUGAUCGAGUCCCCAGAGGACAGUUCAAUCACCAAAUUUCAACCCGGCGCCGACAUGUUGCGCCCAUCUAUUGCAAGACCUCAAAAGGAUCAACAUGUGCCCUCCACCUUUACGGCCCUGAGCCAGUACAAGGCCAAGUCGCGUAAAUGUGCUUUUGAACGGACACAAUACAGCCAUAAACUUUAUCCGCCGCCGACGGAUUGUCCCGAUCUCCAGUUGGAUGAAUGCGAACUGGAGCUAACAUUGCGACUCUACCGACCACCUCGUGCCUACCAUCGAGGUUUCAAGGUGGAGAUCCCCGUGUUUGCCGAGGAAUUCGUUUGCCUGGGCAGCAAUUAUCUCACUGAGCUGCGCGACAAAAUCAGUUGCAUUUGUCGUGGAAAGCGCUUCGUUGACAUCAGUAAUGAUCCGGAAGCUCCAUUGCCCACCUUAGAGACAAAUCCGGGAUACUUCUUUAUUAACGACACAUUUUAUAAUGACAAACGCAAUCCAAACAAUCCCGAUUAUUCGCAGACUAUUUUAAAUUGGGCAGGCACUGCAAACGGCGUGAAUGGAGAAUCCCUUAAAGUGGAAAAUAUGGAGGGCAAGCGAUUUAUCGAUCUUACUGUGAGCCCGGGCUCGCCGCUGCACUACCUGCACCACGGAAAUUGCGAGCACCUCUUUGUGAUCUCACAAAUAGAGGUACUAACGCCUCGCAGCAAACGACCCGAUAUAAGUCUAUAUCCCUAUCCUCACGCCUUCAACACAUACAAUCGUAGGACGUGCUAUAUGUGCGGCUUACGCAGCUAUAGCUUCAUUGUAGAGCAGUCCCGGCGACAGCUGCAUGAUCCUUCUUACCUGUGCCGUGGUUGUUUCUUUAGUUUUUACUACGUAGAUGGUCAGAAGGUGGGUCAGUUCAAGGCCUAUCGCAUAUACGACCACGGGAUGGUGGAAGACGAGGAGGAGGAGAGAAAGGAAGGCGGAGAGGCGGUCGAAAUAAAUGAUUAGGUCAAAAGUAAUCACUAUGCCUGUAAGUCAUGUACAUCGAAGCCCAAAUUAAACAUAUGUUUGAGAGUACACAGGCUUGUCUUCAAAACAUAUUUCAUUGCUCCAAAUAAGCUUAUCUUUGAACAACAUAAGUUUCCGUGCAUAAGUAAACAUGGUAUUUAUUUAUAGAAUGUUAGCCUAUAGUUACAACUAAGUGCUAACAAAGUGGAUGGAGCUAUAGCUACUAGAGUCCUUCAGCUUCAUCUGUGGUAAACGUGUUAUAUUAGACGUAAAACUUGCUUUAUUUGCGAGCUCCAAUAAGUGUAAGAUCGCUUAAUAAAUUGUUUGAUUUUUUAUUCUUGUAAAAUAUUCGUAGAUAGAUUUAAAUAAAAUACAUACACAUUGCAA